AUGGAGAUGAUCUGGAAUUGGAACACUGUCGGAUCGUGUUUCCUCGCUAAAUCAUGGUACAUCCGGACUGAAGGCAUGAUGGUUGCCUCGAGUAUUGGUGUCGCCCUCCUGGCCGUCACUCUCGAGCUGUGCCGGCGCGCAUGCAAGGAGUACGAUGCUUCAAUUGUUGCGCAGAUGGAACGAAGCGUGACGGCCGCUACUCUCACCAAUCCAUCACUGUUACCCCCUUCGAGCAGAAGCUCCCCGACUGUCCGAAUCCUCAGCCUUCGUGUCAGCCCGUUGCAGCAGGCCAUAAGAUCGCUCAUGUACGCCAUCACCUUUUCAGUGGCCUACAUAGUCAUGCUCUUGGUCAUGUCCUUCAACGGUUACAUCAUCGUUGCCAUCUUUGUUGGCGCCGGCUUGGGCAAGUUUCUUACCGACUGGAUGGUGGUCAAGGUGGCUAUGAAGCACGAGUUUGCUGCACUUAGCACAAGCAUCAACUUCUUCAUCAACUUGGGAGAGUUCAUUAUCGUUGGCUGCGAAGAAUCCAGCUCGAGUGUGGCCAUCGCCCGCUGGCUCAACUCGAGCCUCGAGGGCACCAGCUCAACAUUAUGA